UCAGUGCCGAUCGAGAUGCAACACAACGCAGACCGCGACUCGGGCGCCGUCGUGCCGCACUGGUUGAACGAUGCUUUCAUGCUGGACAUAAUCCAGCAGGCCCGAAGCGAUUAUUCGAUCGGUCUGUGUCACAACUGUAAAUUUCAUAGGUUCGAACCACGGGCCAAUCACAGCAGCGUCUUGUUCCGGACGACGGUUCACUUCCGCUCGAAACGAUCACCGCAGGAACAGGCUAUCAGUUUGGUGGUGAAAAUCGAACCGCAAAGUGUUCUCCUGAAGAAUCGAUCACUGUUCGAAACGGAGGUCCGUUUGUAUCGCGAAGUUCUACCGGCGAUGGGCCGAGUUCUGGCCGACGCUGGGGAAAAUUUAGACACGCCCAGUCUGUUCUAUUUCGCCGGUAAACCGACAGGUGUUAUUGUGCUGGAAGAUCUGUUUCCCGGUGGGUGGAUUGGCGGAGGCGAGAUCAAACGUUUCGAAGAUCUGCAACCGGUUAUCGACUCGAUUGCCAAGUUUCAUGCUGCUUCGUUCGUGCUCAAUAAAAAGUCCACAAGCCUAUCGGAUAUCAGCAACGUGUUCAUGCAGAACAAUGUCAAAGGCGCUCGGGACAUGUUUCGACAGUUGUUUCAUUCCUUUGCUGAUGCCGUCCGUAACUGGGAGGGUUUCGCCCAGAUCGGAACCAAAUUGCAGCAUCUUAAGCCAUCAUUCGAGGAUAAAUUAAAUCAAAUCUACAUUCCGAAUCGGUCCGGCACGGAUGGACCUGGGUAUAACGUUUUGAAUCAUGGAGAUUUUCAUGCCAAAAACCUACUGCACAAGAUGAAAACUUCGCCCGGUUCCACCGAUCGGAUCGAGCGAACGGCACUGAUCGAUUUUCAGUUGUGUCACUGGGGAACGCCGGCCAUCGAUGUUCUGUAUCUGUUGGAUUUGGUCAUCGAUCGGGAGUUGAAACACACCCACCAGGAACAGAUCGUUCGACAGUAUCAUCGAGACUUUGUGGAUUACGUCACCAGAAUGGGCCAUUUGGGGUGGAUUCCGAGUCUGCAGGAUCUCCUGGCCGAGUUGAAACGGAGUGCGUUUCUUGAAUUAUUCCACAUUGUAAUCUUCGAACAGUUUAAAUACGUCGAUUUAUCUAAAGUAUCGGUGGAGGAUUUUGUCGCUGGAAGAGCAAAAAAUUCUGGAGUCAACAGUGAAAAGUUUCGUUCCCUGGCUCGGAACGAGUUAAGAGAUUUGCAACAUCGGGGCAUUCUGGAUUGAACACAUUCACGUCAUUAUUCAUAAACUUUACUAGAUUCCAAGCCAAGCGGGCACAAUAUUUUG